GGGGCGGCGCUGCGGAACGCCUGGGGGCGGGCGGGCAGCGGCUGAGGAACCGCCCCGGCCGGGCCUUUAUAGAGCCCGUCCCGCACCGCUGCUGCAGCUGCACCGUGCUCGGCUCAGCCGCUUCAAUCGAAUCGAACGAAAACUAACACGAGGAACAAAGUGAGAACUUAACUGUCAACAUGAAGUUACUCAUCUUUCUCACAAUAACUCUCUGCACGCUGGUCAUGGGACUAGAUUCAGUUUACCUCAGGCAGUACUACAAGUUACCACAUAAACACAGAUCCCAACAUAGAGAAUGCCACUGUCUGAAUGGUGGAACCUGCAUUACCUAUCGCUUCUUCAGCCAAAUUAAACGUUGCCUGUGCCCAGAAGGAUACAGUGGGCUUCACUGUGAAAUAGACACUGACAGCAUGUGCUACAGUGGGAAUGGGGAGACAUACAGAGGAAUGGCAGCAGAUCCAGGUUGUCUAUAUUGGGACCUUCCUUCAGUAAUCAGGAUGGGCGACUACCAUGCUGAUUUGAAGAAUGCUCUGGAUCUUGGACUGGGCAAACACAACUACUGCAGAAACCCAAAUGGAAGGAGCAGGCCCUGGUGCUACACCAAAAGAUACGGAUACUCCAUUCGAGAAACACCUUGCAACACUAUAGAGAAGUGUGGGCACACAUGUGGCCAAAGAAGCUUCAGCAAGUACUUCAAGAUUGUUGGUGGAAGCCAGGCUGAUGUUGAGACUCAGCCUUGGAUAGCUGGCAUCUUCCAAAACAUGAUGGGCACGGACCAGUUUCUGUGCGGUGGCAGCCUCAUUGACCCUUGCUGGGUGCUUACAGCAGCACACUGCUUCUAUGAUCCGACAAAAAGGCAACCGAAUAAGUCAGUCUACAAAGUCUUGCUUGGAAAGUCUGUACUGAAUGCUACUGAUGGACAUGAGCAAGAGUUCAUGGUGGAUGAAAUAAUCUCUCAUCCUGACUUUACAGAUUACACAGGAGGCAAUGAUAAUGAUAUUGCUUUGGUAAGAAUAAGAACAGCUUCUGGACAGUGUGCAGUAGAAACCAACUAUGUCAGAACAGUCUGCUUGCCAGAGAAGAACCUUGACCUGCACGACAAUACCCGGUGUGAAAUAGCUGGCUAUGGAAAACAGAAUUCUUACGAUAUUUACUAUGCUCAAAGGCUGAUGUCAGCCACUGUAAACUUGAUAUCACAGGACGCUUGCAAAUAUAAAUACUAUGACAGUAUCAGAGUUACUGACAACAUGGUCUGUGCUGGAGACCCGGCGUGGGAAACAGAUGCAUGCAAGGGAGAUUCUGGCGGCCCCAUGGUCUGUGAGCACAAUGGCAGGAUGACACUUUAUGGGAUUGUCAGCUGGGGAGAUGGCUGUGCGAAGAAAAACAAGCCUGGCGUUUACACCAGAGUUACUCGCUACCUUAACUGGAUCAACUCAAAUAUGAAUGCAGUGGUUACCAAAAGUCGCUCUUUCCCUGAACCAAAGUGACUGUUUGUGUACUUCUGGACUUAAAUGACAGUAAGACUGUGGUGAUGCCAGGGCACCAAAGCCCUGAACGUCAGAGUUCUUGCUUUUAACUGAUCACAUAGAUUGCCACUACAGUGUUUCUGAUGCAGAAGUUGAUACUAUCUCACUACUCUUAAUUACUGAAAACCACUCAAUGGGAAACUAAAAUAUUUAACAUUUAAAUGAGUAUUCCCAUGCACAAUACUGUACACAUCAAGUUAACUGUCCACUUCAUUUACAAACUGGCAUUUGUUCUGGAGCUUUUGGUGAAGCUUUAAGUUAUUUUACUUGUGCAUUUUGCAUACAGCAUCUAACAUCUUUUCCCAUCACUCCAAACAAUGUGGAAUGAUAGAAACCUGACCUGUGAAGACCAGUACUGGGAAUGUGAACAGGCUUUGCCUCAGAAUGUGCAAGAAACUGCAUCAGUGUUGAUUAUCAUUAAUGUGUGAAGAAGGACUGAAGCAGAACUUGGUAUACAGGACUUGUUCCCGUAGACCCAAAGAAUACUAAAAUCUUUGUGAUGGCAACUACAGCUGUGUUAGAAUUAAAAACUCUUGUGGUAUUCCACCAAAGAACUGCACUAAAGAGGGAAAACAAAUAAUGUGACUACACUUCCAGGUCCCAUCCAAAGGAGCCUGGGUUCCCUUAGAAGUCUGAUGGUACCACUUUUCUAUAUUACCUAUGCAACACAGAGAAGAGCUAAGGAUUCAGCACACACUGAGUGUUGAAAGCCAGAACCUUAUUUCCAUUCAUCUAACUGAUAUGAUAUGGAAACUGCUUCCCCCCCCCCAAGACUUUCACUGAUUUUAUUUUUAAACUUGUUUUUUUUUUUUUUUUUCUUUUUUUAUAGAUGGAAUUAUUUGCAUGAGGGCUGGAACCUCAUCUUAUUUAAUUUUUACUAUGUUUAACUUAUUAUUUGUAUUAUAUAUGUAAAACUAUCAAUAAAACUAUUAUUCUUACA